AUGUCAACCAUUCGAGAUGAUUUUGUUUUUGCUGCAUGUAAUAGAGCAUAUGCAUUAAUAGAUUAUAAUAUUCAUGAUAAUAUAGAUAAACGACACGAAUUUAGAAUACAAACUAUCCUUACUGAUAUAUCUCUUACAAAAGAUGAAAAGUCAAAAGUAAUAAAAAUUUUAAAUGAAAAUUAUGAUUAUAAUAAAAUUCUUUUUAAUAAUGGGAAAAGAAGAACUUGUGAAAAUUGUCAAAAAGAAUGUUUAGCAACAUUAUAUUGUGAAUAUUGUAUUAGAGAUUAUUUAAAAGCAAAAUUUUCAAAUUGGAAAUCUGAAAAUAAUGAUAUUGAUGAUUUAAUACAAAAAUGUCAAAUAGAAUCACUUUCUCCUAAAUUUGUAAUUGAAUGGAUUCCAUAUAAUAAUUUACAAAAUAUAAAAUAUAUGACUGAAGGUGGAUGUUCCAAAAUUUAUACAGCAGAUUGGAUUGGUGGAGAAUAUUAUGAAUGGGAUUCUAUAGAAAAACAAUUAAAAAGAUAUGGAACUGGUAAAGUCAUUCUUAAAAAAUUAAAAAAUCUGGAAAGUGCUAAUAGAAGCUGGUUUGAUGAGGCCAAAUCCCACCUAAUUAUAAGUAACAAAUAUAUUGGUAUAGUACGUUGUUAUGGUCUAACUCAAGAUCCAUCAAAUGGAAAUUAUAUACUUGUAAUGAAAAAAUUAGAUUCAAAUUUAAGGGAAUAUUUACAAGAAAAUCAUAAUAAACUCACAUGGAAAGAAAGGAUUAAAAUUAUUGUUGACAUAAUUAAUGCACUUGAGACAAUUCACUAUGAAAAUGCAAUUCAUAGAGAUUUACAUUCUGGAAAUAUUUUAUAUAAUCAAUAUACUAAUUAUUGGUUUAUUAGUGAUCUUGGAUUUUGUGGACCUGUUGACAAACCAUUAAAAAGUAUAUAUGGAAAUCUUCCUUACAUAGCACCAGAAGUUACUUUUGGAAAAGGAUAUACUAAAGCAUCUGACAUAUAUAGUAUUGCAAUGCUAAUGUGGGAAGUUUCUUCUGGACAACCACCUUUUGCUAAUUAUGAAAAUAAUUAUAAUCUUGCAAUGAAUACUGUUAAUGGUAUAAGACCAAAGGUUGUAUCAGUUGAUGAUUUCAAUAAAUCAAAUCAGAAUACAAUUAAUAUUUUUAAAGAAAAUAGCAAAACAUUAUCUAGAAUAUUUGAAAAAUUGCGUCUAGGAUCAGGGGAUAAUAAACAAGAUAAUUACAAAAAAGAAAUUGUAAAACAGAAAGUAAAGAAUCAACAUGUUGAUGACGGGUUUUAA